AACCUUAUCACUUGUUAUCUCAAUGGCGAAGGUGGCCAAGUAUUUGAAGAAAGAGGACUGCCAAGGCAAUCUAGUGAGCAUAGUUGGGGAGACAUCGAAGGAGCUGACACCCAGAGACAUUCCAAUUGUGCGCGACAUCGUGGAAGUUUUUCCAGAUCAAUUGCCAGGAGCACCACCUAACCGCCAAGUGGAAUUCACAAUCGAUUUAGUGCCCGGGGCAGCACCAAUAUCCAAAGCACCAUAUAGAAUGGCCCCAAAAGAGCUUCAGGAGCUGAAAUCUCAAAUUCAAGAGCUACUCAAGCUUGGUUUCAUUCGACCGAGUGUUUUACUCUGGGGAGCACCUGUCCUCUUCGUAAAGAAGAAGGAUGGGACAAUGCGCAUUUGCAUCGACUACCGGGAUUUAAACCGGUUGACGGUGAAGAACAAAUAUCAACUUCCCAGGAUAGAAUAUCUUUUCGAUCAGUUGAGGGGCGCUAGAGUGUUUUCCAAGAUUGAUCUCUGUUUGUCCCAUUUUUGUGUCUUUAUUUUGGGUUUAUUUUCUCUUUAUUUUCCCCAC